AGCAGCUAUGUCCGCUCUCGAGGAAACACAAUCGUUGUGCAAGCAAGUUGACGAUAUUUGCAAUAAUGGAAUGGAAUCCGUCGAACAAUGCAAUAAGCUGCUCGACCAGUUGUCGAAAAUUCCAAUGAGCAUCGAAAUAAUCCAGAAAACCAACAUUGGAAUAAAAGUGAAUAUGAUGCGGAAAAAAGUCACAGAUGAUGCUGUUGCAAAGCGGGCUAAGAACAUCAUUAAGGAUUGGAAGAAUGUAGUUGAUGGAAAGAGCAAGUCACAGGAUGAUGGUGGUGCUCCACCUGCGAAGAAGCACAGAAAGGAAAGUGUUGAAGAGGCAAAACCAGAGAAAAAGAAGAUCGAGGCUCCAUAUAAGCGGCCAGAACCAUCUAGUCGGCCAGAAAUAGUUGCUCAAUUUGCCAGUGCAUCUUUCCCACCGAAACAUCUUGAAAAUGACGAGACCCGUCUUAAAUCUGCACAACUUCUACUUUCGGCACUUCGGUUUGGAGACAUGCCACAAGGAACACUCGAUCCAGAGGAGUUAGCUGUCCAAAUUGAAGAGAAACUCUAUUCGGUUCACCGUGAUACAAACAAGAGUUACUCAGCAGCUGUUCGUAGUCGCAUUUUCAAUCUUCGUGAUAAAAAGAACCUUGCUCUACGUGAAAAUGUUCUCACUGGUGUCGUCCGUGCUGAAAAGUUUGCAACCAUGACCAGCGAAGAAAUGGCAUCCGCUGAAAUCCGGGAGAUGCGUGAUAAAUUCACGAAGGAAGCUAUCCUAGAACAUCAAAUGAGCGUCCAGCAAGGAACUCCAUCAGACAUGUUCAAGUGCGGAAAAUGUGGAAAGAAGAAUUGCACCUAUACUCAGCUUCAAACUCGUUCUUCCGACGAACCGAUGACAACAUUUGUCUUCUGUCUCGAGUGCGGAAAUCGCUGGAAGUUUUGCUGAUUUUUUGAGAUUCUUUCUUCUAAAUUGUCUUCACGUGGUAGUUUUGCCAGAUACCCCAUACACACUCUUCCACGGAUACUCAAAUAUGAUUGUUAUAAGUUUUCUGGCUUGUGU